CUGUUUCUGUAUAUAUGAUCACCGCUGAUCGAUGAGCGGCGGUGACUCCCAUCUCCCUCACCUACCCUGGCCCUCCUCCCCGCCUCCUUUCCCCUCCCUCUCUCUCCCACACGCAUGCAUACAGACCGACAGGCUACGCGACCCCCCCUCCCUCCCCCCUUCCAUCAUUUUCCCAUCUCUUACUCACUCUCUUCCCUACAACAAACAUGGCCGCGAAAUCUGAUGGUGCACCCGUCUCUCUACGAAACGAAAUCCCACCCGAGUGUCCUGCCAGGUCGGACCCGCGGCCUCCCCAGCGCCGUCCCGCCGAGCAGCGCUACUCCCUCCCGGACUGCUGCUGGACGCUGUGCGCCCUUUUGGUCUUCUUCUCGGACGGGGCCUCAGACCUGUGGCUGGCCGCGGACUACUAUCUAAGGAGGGAAUACUGGUGCUUUGCACUGACUCUGGUCUUUGUGAUAGUCCCGUCCGUGGUCGUGCAAGUGCUCAGUUUCCGAUGGUUCGCCUACGAUUUCUCGGACACCGCGGAGAGCGGCACGGCUGCGGCCGCCGUGGUGGCGGCGUCGGGAGCGGAGGAGAACGACUUCAGCACCAAGGACAGCGGCGAGCGGGGCGCUGGCCGCACUGCCGCGGCCGGGGUGCUGCCCAGGCCGGGCACCGGGGGAGGAGCCCGGGGCUGCUGCAGAGUAUUCAUGUGGCUCUUUCAGGCCAUCAUUCACAUCUUUCAGCUCGCACAGGUCUGGAGGUAUGUCCACGCCCUGUACUUGGGUGUGCAGAGCCGCUGGCACGGGGACCCCGAGCGGCGCCACUACUACUGGCGCAUGAUGUUCGAGAGUGCUGAUAUCAGCAUGCUGCGUCUGCUGGAGUCUUUCCUGAAGAGCGCCCCUCAGCUGGUGCUGCAGCUCUCCAUCAUGAUCCAGGCCAGUCAGGUGCUGCCCCUUCAGGGGCUUUCAGCCUCUGCCUCACUGAUAUCCCUCGCCUGGAUGAUCGCCUCCUAUCAGAAGGUGCUGAGGGACUCCCGAGACGAUAAGCUGCCCAUGACCUACAAAGCCGUCAUAGUUCAGAUUCUGUGGCACCUGUUCACCAUCGGGGCCCGCACGCUGGCCUUCGCCCUGUUUGCUUCAGUGUUCCAGCUUUACUUCGGCAUCUUCAUCGUGGCGCACUGGUGCAUCAUGACAUUUUGGAUAAUUCAAGGCGAAACGGACUUCUGCAUGUCCAAAUGGGAGGAGAUCAUCUAUAACAUGAUGGUGGGCAUUGUGUAUGUUUUCUGCUGGUUCAGUGUGAGAGAGGGGCGCACUCGCUGCAGGAUGCUCAUCUAUAGCCUGACUGUGUUCAUUGAGAAUGUGGCGCUCACCACUGCCUGGUACCUGUACCGCGGCCCCCGUACCUCAGACUUCUACGCCGUCAUCAUGGUGUGCGUGGUGGCCAGCAGCUACGCUCUGGGCACCUUCUUCAUGUUUGUGUAUUACUGUCUGCUGCACCCUGACGGCCCGGUCUCAGGGUGGGGCUAUAUGGUGGAGAAGGAGGUGGCUGUGGAGUCGCUGGCCUCCCCAGCUUCUAGCCUCCCCCCUGACCUGGUGAGCAGCCCCCCCAGGACCCUCCAGAGAACUAAAGGGUCAGACAGAGAGCAGGGGCCUGGGGUAGACGGAGAUGUGUUUCAGGUACGACCUCCUCGGGGAGCUCAGGCCCCAGUGCGCCCCCUCACACCCAGGACAGAGGGGCCCGUCAUCCGAAUAGACCUGCCCAGGAAGAAGUACCCCGCCUGGGACGCUCACUUCAUUGACCGCCGGCUGCGUAAAACCAUACUGGUGCUCGAAAGUGCUGCUCCGGUCACGCCCCGGAUACAGUACCGCUGUCUGGGCACACCCAAAGAAGUGAUGGAGUACGAGACCACCGUGUGAUGUACUGAAGGUGCUGUGACUCAGCUCGCUGCCGCGUGGACGUCCUGUCUUAAAACGGCAGGUGGAUGACUCUCACCGAGCAGUCUGUUUCAGCUCCGCGCCUACUUGCUUGCUCUCUGUACUGUCAAGCAGUGGAGACAAACAGGCAAAGAAAAGGAAGGAGUGUAUAAAGGCAAAGUGCUGUGGUGUUGUCUAAUGAUGGUGCAUAUUUAGGUUUCUGUAUCAUUUCUCAGGUCAGGGUGUGGUACAGGAAGAGGUCGAGGUUAAAGAGUCAGCAGCAAAGCUCGCUGUCACAUGAACUUAGAGAAGCACAGGCAGGAAGGGAGGUGGAGCUGUACGUUAUCAAUCAGAGGCAGAAAGUCCUCCUCAGUGAAGGUGCUUCAGCACAUCUCACAACAACAGAGACGACCCUUCAACAUGCAUGAUUAUUUAUGGCAGCUAGAUGUACAGGAGUGAGUAGGUGAGGCAUUUAAAGACGGUAAACUCGCACUGUAGUUUUAAACACAAUCUACAAUUAAAAAGAAGCCAACAACACAGAUACUGAUCUUCACAGUUUCUCCUAGGUAUUCACUCAUGUUGAAGGAGUCUCUAAAAAUGCUGCUUCGAAGCUGAAGUUCAAAAGCAACAUUUGAGUUGAAUGUAAAAACAGUUGAAAAUGUGAUAAUUUGUGACAAGGCUUUGAGCAUUUUCAUGCUGUUAGUGGGAUAAACGACAUUCCUGUGGUACUAUAUUUGUUUUUUUGUUUUUUUUGAGGUAAGCUAGAAAAUAAAAGAGAUAUGUGUGUGUUUACAAGCAAUCUGUUGUUUUUGGGCCAUGCCAUCACUAUUAUUACAAUAAGAUACACCUUCUUCAAGAAUGUGUAUGUACUGAACUAUAGCUACAUUAUGAUUUCCAACACAUUUGCAGGAUGUAUUCUACUGACAUGACUUGUAUUUUCAUACUGCAUCCGUUACACAGUGAAGGCGACAGGUUAGACAUUAUUUUUCAUGUAAAUUAAACUCUACAAGGAAGAUGAAGUUAUAGAGGGACAGCACUGUCUGUAAUUGUACUGUAUCCAUACGUUGUUGUGUGAAAAAUGUAAAAAAAAAAAAAAAAAAAAACAAAGAAGAAGAAAAAAAGAUAUUAGCUGCAGACUCCAGACUCCUAACAGAAUAGCUUUGAUAUUAUCGAUGGUACGGGCAUGUGGUACUUUCUUUAAUCAGGGUUGUUUUUUCUAUAGAUUAGUCACAAAAGGGAAGUUUCUGAACCAUGUGUGUAAGCGUGUUUGCGUGUCUGUGUGCGUGUUUGAGCUCACAUACCAGCAUGUGUAUGGGUGUAUGUGUGUGGAAAGACUCCUGCCAUGUGCAUUUACGUUUAAUUUGAAAUUGUGUCACUGAGAUAUGACAGUUUUGUUCUAAACACUGUCCGGUCGUCAGCUCGUUUUUCCAGAUGACACAAAAAUAAAUAAAUUGCCCACAGAUCACCUCUACCGGCCCUGCUGCAGUAACAAAAGCCAGAGAGGCUUUGAUUAUGGUGCUAACUGUUUGAGUCCAUCAUGUAACAACCACACGGUGUACCAUAAAAGGAGCUUAUUGUGGCAGGAGUUGGGCGGGGCUGUACCUCAAACACAAAGCUAGAAUCAAAAAGCCUUAAACUGGUCAUGCCAGACUGUUGCCGUUCAGAGCAAGAUAAAAAAAAAAAAAGAUUAACAAGAAGGUGAAGACAAUUUCAUUAUGUUGU